CUAUUUGUACAAUAGACCCACACUCACUUACUCCUAUCACUCUCUCACAUACACGUGCACUCAGCCAGUCACCAUCUUUCUCUUGCUAUCCUAAGUCCCACCCAAGUGAGAAGUGAGAACUGACCCAAGCCAAGCACGCACGAGACGCACCCACUAGCGGUCGGCCACCACCAUGACACCACCAGUCCACCAUGCACCACCUACGCUUGAAGCCCAGCCGCGCCUGAAGCCAAAUCCAAAUCUAGAAAACCUUAUGUGAAGCCCGCAAAGCAGCUGCAGCAACAACAAGGUGGUGGGAAGUAGAAGAGGUGAAGAAAGAGACUGGGUUAGGGCUCACCGCUCACGCAUCGAAAAUCUGAAAACUUUGGAGAGUGUAUUCCGAGUUUCCAAUGGAAGAGGUAGCUCGCCGAAGCCAGCAAACAUUACCAUUUUGUGUUUCUAUCAUUAACCUUCAGAUUCUUCUUGGAAGAAAUGUACUUGAAACGUUAUUGUUGUUUCCCCUCAGACAAUGAGCAAAGCAAACUUAAGUUUGACAGCAAUAGGGACUAUCCAUGGGAAAUGUACACCUUGAAGGAGUUGCUUCGUGCAACAAACAACUUUCAUCACGAUAAUAAGAUUGGAGAGGGUGGAUUUGGAAGUGUUUAUUUUGGUCGAACAAUUGAAGGCAUUGAGAUUGCGGUGAAGCGGUUGAAGAUGAUGACGGCGAAGGCGGAGAUGGAGUUUGCAGUAGAAGUGGAAGUACUUGGAAGAGUGAGGCAUAAAAAUUUGUUGGGAUUGAGGGGUUACUAUGCAGGGGAAAAUGAAAGGUUAAUUGUGUAUGAUUACAUGCCAAAUCAUAGUUUGCUCACUCAUUUGCAUGGUCCACUCUCUAAGGAAUGUCAUCUAGAUUGGAGUAGAAGGAUGAGUAUUGCAAUUGGAGCUGCUGAAGCUGUGGCGUAUUUGCACCAUGAGUCAACUCCUCACAUCAUACACAGAGAUAUAAAGGCAAGCAAUGUUCUUCUAGACACUGAAUUUCAAGCAAUGGUUGCUGAUUUUGGCUUUGCAAAGCUAGUACCAGAUGGUGUGACCCAUCUCACCACAAAGGUUAAAGGCACAUUAGGAUAUUUGGCACCAGAAUACGCCAUGUGGGGAAAAGUUUCUGAGAGCUGUGAUGUUUACAGCUUUGGGAUUUUGCUGUUGGAGAUUGUCAGUGCCAAGAGACCAAUUGAGAAAUUCCCGGGGGGAGUGAAAAGGGAUGUUGUUCAAUGGGCCACACCAUUAUUGAAGAAGGGUUUGUUUUAUAAUAUUGCAGAUCCAAAGUUGAAGGGUGAAUUUGAUAUGGAGCAAUUGAAAAUAGUGACUGCAAUAGCUAUGAAAUGCACUGAUAGCAGUGCGGAGAAGAGGCCUACCAUGACAGAAGUAGUGGAUAUGCUGAAGGAUGGUAUAGGGAAGAGAAGUGAUUAUUCCAAUUUUAAGAAGAAUAUUAUUGACCAAAAAAGUAAGAAGAAUAUUGAAGAUGAAGAAAAUGAAAAAAACUAUUUGUAUUAGGAGACAGAAAUGAUGUAAUCAAAGUUGAAAAAUACCACCUGAUAUGUAUGAAGUCUUUUUUUUUAACUUUAACCAAUUCUAUAAAAUCAAGCAGCAUAGACGCCAAAAUGUUGGAACGAACAAAAGAGUCUAGACCAGGGCAAGAAAGUCUGCGGCACUAUUGCCGGAUCUACGAACAAAAGAAAUAUCCAUGCGAGUAAAAGAUAAAGCUAAGGAACGACAAUCCUCAAGAACCAAAUCAAGAUAAGAGUAGUCUCUACUGCGACGUCACCACCACUGAAACAGCUGCAAAGAAUCUGUCUCAAAACAAACGGAGAAGAACCCCAAAUCAAGAGCAAGGCGCAUCGCCCACCGCAAGCAAAGGGCCUCCGCUAAACCCGUUGAUUGCAUCAUCACCGGAGUUAGAGUGGCCGCCGCAAGGAGCUCUCCUGCCUCAUCCCUUGCUACCAUGACAAACGAUGCCAAGGAUCGUCGGACCAACGCGUCCACAUUGACUUUGAUCCACCCAACCGGAGGCCUCGUCCAUGUCACAGCAUCAGACCCUGGAACACGCUGAAACGCUACUAGUCUAGGCAAGGCUUCAAGAGCUUCCAGCCGAGAGAAGAUGUGGUGAACAGACAGCUCUCUCCCUUCAAAAACUCGAGCAUUCUUGGCCUCCCAUAACACAUACACCAGUGUGAGAACCCUCGCGAUUACCUCCUACCCACACCCUCCACGAUUCGUGACACCUUUUUUUUUUUACUGAACGCUCAAUUUGCUCCCUGGAAAUUUUUGUUGCGGACA